UGCGUGCGAGAGCGCUGAUAGCAGAAGCAGGCUGCCUUUAUUUCCCAUUGCUUUAAUUUCAGCAGAGCUGCACUUCAGAAGCUCCCGGGCUGUUGUGAAACUCCAGACAUGCAGGCCAUAAAGUGUGUGGUCGUAGGAGACGGAGCCGUGGGUAAGACUUGCCUUCUUAUCAGCUACACCACAAAUGCCUUCCCAGGAGAGUACAUCCCCACUGUGUUCGACAAUUACUCGGCUAAUGUCAUGGUAGACAGUAAACCAGUGAACUUAGGCCUUUGGGAUACUGCCGGACAGGAGGAUUAUGACAGGCUGAGGCCGCUGUCCUACCCACAAACGGAUGUCUUCUUAAUUUGUUUUUCUCUGGUGAGCCCGGCCUCCUAUGAAAACGUCCGAGCCAAGUGGUACCCUGAGGUGCGACACCAUUGUCCUAGCACUCCCAUCAUUCUGGUUGGCACCAAACUGGAUCUGAGGGAUGAGAAGGAAACAAUUGAAAAACUCAAGGAAAAGAAGUUGGCACCUAUCACAUACCCCCAAGGAUUGGCACUGGCCAAGGAAAUAGAUGCUGUCAAGUACUUGGAGUGUUCUGCGCUGACCCAGAGGGGAUUAAAGACGGUAUUCGAUGAAGCCAUCCGUGCUGUUCUCUGCCCCCAGCCCACCAAGAUCAAAAAACGAGGCUGCCUCCUGCUUUGAGGAGUGCAUCCAGCCUUACAAAGCGUCCAAGCUACUGAGUGUCCAAAAGAAGUUUGAAAAGCAUUUUGAUUUCUGCUACAAUACUCCAACGAAAUAAUUGCAUGAGAAAUGAAGGUUUUGUUUUAACAAUACAUUGUUGUUUUUUCAUAAUAAAUAGCUAUAACAUUUUUUACAGUUUAUUUCAAAAAAGUUGUUUUUGAAAA